GAACUCAGCCUACAGAACUCGCUCACUUACUAAUAUAUGCUAGUGAAAACUUAACCACAGCUUGGAACUGUAGUUUCUUGGUGAAUACAAACUAAACUUAUUCAGUGAUUUCAAGAAGACAAAAAUGAGUCACAACGAACAGAAAGUUACCUCUUCAGAAACCUCAGAGUGCUCUGUGAACACAGACAGCUUUGAGACAGUUGAAGGAGAAAAUGAAGCUUUAACUCAACAACUUGAAGUACACCAGAAGGAACUCCAAGGCCUGCAGGAAACACUGGGAAUUAAAACAGUGUUAGAGAAAAACUGCAAGGCUCUACAGAAGUUAAAUGAGGAAAUGAAGGAACAGCGUACAGCCAUGAAAAAAGAAAUCCUGAGACUCAAGGAGGAGCGUGAGUACAUCGCAAAAUUAGCAAUGUGUUAUGAGGUUGAAAAAGAUGUCCACACCAACAUUCAACAAGAGAAUGAGGACUUGCAAAAAGAGAUUCAGGAGCUUCAGAAAGAUCUUGCAGAGGCAAAAUCUUUACUCAAUGAAAAGUGCAAUAAUGACAAUAACCUGAUGGAGUCUCUGACGUCUCAAAAUUUGAAUUUGCACCAGGAGCGGGAAAGUCUCCUUAAAGAAUAUCAUAACUCUGAGAAUAGAGAAGAACUGGAGAGGUUGAGGAACUUAAAAAAAGAAAACAAGCACUUGGAAGCUCAAAUCAGUGAGAUUAGGAACAAUAUUCAGAUGAGAAGAGCUUUAGAAGAGCUUAAAGCUGAGGAGAAAGUCCUGCAGGAACACAGCAGAAAACUUUCAGCAACACAAGCUGACGUCUCCAAACAGCUUGAAAGUGAAGAAGAUUGGAGACAAAAAUAUCUUGUGCUGACGCAACAGACAGAUGCCUUAAAGCACAGAAAUGAAGAAGUGGCUCACCAAAUUCAGACCAUCAAUGAGACUUUAGAAGAUUUAGCUGCUGCUAAGAGGUCUUAUAAGACUCUGAAAACAGAGAAAACCUUAAUUACUAGACAAAAUACGACCCUUGAGAGGGAGCUACAGGCGCUACAGUCAACGCUCCGAAAAGAAGAGUCUUGGACGGAAAAAAAUAACAAUCUCAGAGUUGAGAUUGAAGCCCUCAGCGUGGCAGCUCGCACUCUGAAAGGUGAAAUCAUGGCGGUGCGCACAAACCUCCAUGGGGAAAGAGUGUUUAAGCUAAUGUAUGCAUCAUUGAAGGCUGAAAAAAAGAACAUUAGUAAGCUCAAAAAACUCAUGGAAAAAGAACGGGAUGAACUAAGAAAGAAAAUGAGAAAAGAACAUGAUCUCAAGGAGAAAUGUGCAGCAAUGAGGGCUGAAAAAGAUGAUCUUAGCAGACAACAAAGAGCGCUAAAACAGGACCUCAGUGAGCUGCGUGAACUUGUAAGCGGUUUGAGUGCUCAGACAGAGGAGAAAAGCGCUAUAUAAAAACUAGUCCGUUUACCAUCUUACGGAGUCAGCAUCGAGUCAGAAAGCAUCUUUUCCUAGUAAAUGCUCAACAAAACCAUGUAGAUCUCUGGCUUUAUAUUUGGGCCAUCUCAAAAAUUGAUCUUAAAUGAGCAAUUCAUUAAAAUUAGUUAAGCAACUACCCAACCAGUCGCAGCAGAUGGCUGCCCCUUCCUGAGACCGCGGUCAAGUGAGCCGUCAAUUCUGAGCCGCGGUCAAGCCAGCCGCAGAUCAGCCGCCGCUUAAAUUUUCUUGCGCUUCUACCCUAAGCUUUAUGGUAAUGCUCGUCUUUCGUUGCCAAUUUCUGUACAGCGGAACAAAAAUAACCUGUAGUUGCUUUUGAUUAAUAUAUGU